GAAAUUCUGGUGAUUAAAGAUCAUGACAACCAUAGAGGAACUGGCCCACCAAAUUAUUGAACAGCAAAUGGGAGAGGUUACACAUUCCCAGGGAGCUGUUACACAAAGACUAAUGGAUGGGACACCACAACGAAUACAGAUUGUCCCUGCAGAUUCAGGCCUCUCUCUAUCACAGCGCAUACAGAUUGUCACAGAUCAGCAGACGGGCCAGAAGAUUCAGAUUGUUACAGCACUUGAUCAGAGCUCAGCAGGCAAGCAGUUCAUCUUAACAAAUCAUGAUGGCUCUACCCCAAGCAAGGUGAUCCUUGCCAGACAAGAUUCCACUCCAGGAAAAGUUAUCCUAGCAACUCCAGAUGCUGCAGGUGUCAACCAACUGUUUUUUGCAUCCCCUGAUAUAUCUUCACAACACAUCCAGAUUUUAACAGACAACUCCCCCAAUGAACAGGGCUUAAAUAAAGUGUUUGAUCUGUGUGUGGUAUGUGGAGACAAGGCAUCAGGCCGUCACUAUGGAGCAGUAACUUGUGAGGGGUGCAAAGGAUUCUUCAAAAGGAGUAUCCGGAAGAACUUGGUUUAUUCGUGCCGGGGAGCAAAAGAUUGUGUGAUUAACAAACACCACCGGAACCGCUGUCAGUACUGCAGGCUGCAGAGAUGCAUUGCCUUCGGCAUGAAACAAGAUUCUGUGCAGUGUGAGAGGAAACCUAUUGAAGUGUCACGAGAAAAACCUUCAAACUGUGCAGCUUCUACAGAAAAGAUCUACAUACGGAAAGAUCUUCGAAGUCCUUUAGCUGCAACCCCAACUUUUGUAACAGACAAUGAAACAGCAAGGUCAACAGGUCUGCUGGAGUCGGGAAUGUUUGUUAACAUUCAUCCAUCUGCAAUAAAAAGUGAGCCCACUGUGCUGAUGACUCCAGAUAAG